GCGGGCGUGUGAGUUCUUGUUCAUCACACCUGUCCGUGAAGCUGUUGACGGGUUGUGCUGUGCGUGCUGUGUGUCACUUUGCGCUCCCGGAGAGAGAGAGAGAGACGGUUGAGAAAGUGCGUGAACAACCGGACCGGUAACCGGAAAUAAUAAUGGACAUGGCGGGACCGGUCAGUCAUCAGCAACGGAUAGUUGCUUCAGGUUGGAGUCCCGUGAGUCUGUCUGACUUUACCGAAGAGAACGAGAAGGGAACAGUUCCAAGUCUUCGCGGUAACUUUUCAUUCCAGAGAGAGUUGGGAGAUGUUUAUGAUUAUUGUGGAAUGCUGUUGUCUAUUUAACUAUAGUGCUCCGUUUUUUAUUUAUUUAUUUUUAUCGGUUACGGCUCCGGUGGGUCUGGAGCCAUGGCGUUAUCGCAGAUCCAGUGUUUGGAUGAGAAUAACGUGAACCUCCGAACGCAUGAAUCCAAACCGGACUUUUUUUAUUCCGAGGACCAACGAUUAGCGCUCGAGACGCUCCUCCGGGAUGGACGCGAUGCCUUUAAUAAGUUCCUCCACGCGACCAGUCUCCGGUGUUUCCUGUCGGACCAGGAGGUGGACCAGUUGACCGGGGCAGUGGAGGUGUACGACCCGGUAUCAGAGCUCCGUCAGGGUGACUCAGACAGUGAUGAACUCCCGCUGUCUCUCCAGUACUGGCCGGAGCUGUCUGACUGCUCGCUGCCGCGGCUGGAUCUGGGCUGGCCGGACUGCGCGUCCUACAGAGGAGUGACUCGCGUCACUGUGUACGCGCAACCGCCACUGGACGGCCACACGCACAUCAAAGAGAUGGUCAGGAAAACCAUCGCGCAGGCGCAGAAGGUGAUUGCAGUGGUCAUGGACCAGUUUACAGACGUAGACAUCUUCAGAGACCUUCUGGAGGUGUGCUUUAAGAGGAAAGUGUCUGUCUACAUCCUGUUGGAAAGAGCAGCGUUACCUCACUUCCUGUCUAUGGCCGAGAGGGCCGCCAUGCACCCGGGACACCUGAAGGUAACUAUGGUAACACACGCCUGGGGAGCAGAGUUCUUCAGCAGGUCGUGUACCAGGGUGAGAGGACGGCUGGGUCACAGGUUCCUGUUGAUAGAUGGAGACAAGGCUGUUUCUGGAUCGUACAGUUUCACCUGGACGGCGUCUCGUUUGGACAGACACCUGGUCACCAUGGUAACAGGCCAGGCGGUUGACUCCUUUGACCAGCUGUUCCGUGACCUCUACCUGACCUCCAGCGGGGUCGACCUCCGCAGGGUCACCACGGAGACGGAACCGGAGCCAGAGCCCCUCCCCCGGGCCACCCCCGUCGCUUCUCUCUCCGCAGCUAACGCCAGGAAGCUGUUCAGCCCUAAAUACGCCGUGGUGAUCGGCAACGCUAGCAGCGCCGGCCCCGUCUCCUCCGGAACUCCGGAGCUCCAGAACUCCAACUCCCAGAACCCCCUGAAAACAAAGGUGCGUGUCCGGGAGCCAGUGGAAGCUCCGCCCCUCCACCCGGGAUUGGCCUGUCUGGAGAAAGCGUACCUGAUUCCGUACCUGCCCACCUGGCCCGAACCCGACCCCCCCAGAGAUGUCAUCGGGUUCAUCAACGUGCGGGAUGCGUCACGGUCGACCCAGGUGCACCUGCAACGCUCCGAGAGGUUUGAAACGAGCCAGGCUAUACGGUUCAGCAGUCCCUUUACCCUGCCCAAUGAGGAGACACUUCCUGACAGGGCUGUGCCUAGACCAACCCCUACCCCUAACUCUACCACUACCCCUAUCUCUACCCUUAUCUCUACCCCUAUCUCUACCACUACCCCUAUCUCUAUGACUGUGAGACCGCACUACGACCCCAGAGUGACUGUGAGACCGCACUGCGACCCACAGAGUGACUGUGAGACUGCACUACGACCCCAGAGUGGCUGUGAGACCGCACUACGACCCCAGAGUGACUGUGAGACCGCACUACGACCCCAGAGUGACUGUGAGACCGCACUACGACCACAGAGUGACUGUGAGACCGCACUACAACCCCAGAGUGGCUGUGAGACCGCACUGCGAACACAGAGUGACUGUGAGACUGCAGUAGUACCCCAGAGUGGCUGUGAGACUGCAGUACGACCACAGAGUUACUGUGAGACCGCACUACGACCCCAGAGUUACUGUGAGACUGCAGUACAACCCCAGAGUGACUGUCAGACCGCACUGCGACCACAGAGUGACUGUGAGACUGCAGUACAACCCCAGAGUGACUGUGAGACCGCACUGCGAACACAGAGUGGCUUGCGACCCCAGAGUGACUGUGAGACUGCAGUAGAACCCCAGAGUGACUGUGAGACCGCAGUACAACCCCAGAGUGACUGUGAGACUGCAGUGCAACCCCAGAGUGACUGUGAGACCGCAGUACAACCCCAGAGUGACUGGGAGACUGCAGUAGAACCCCAGAGUGACUGCGAGAGCGCAGUACAACCCCAGAGUGACUGGGAGACUGUAGUAGAACCCCAGAGUGACUGCGAGACCAUAGUACAACCCCAGAGUGACUGCGAGACCGCGGUGCAACCCCAGAGUGACUGCGAGACCGCAGUACAACCCCAGAGUGACUGGGAGACUGUAGUAGAACCCCAGAGUGACUGCGAGACCGCAGUACAACCCCAGAGUGACUGCGAGACUGCAGUGCAACCCCAGAGUGACUGCGAGACCGCAGUGCAACCCCAGAGUGACUGCGAGACCGCAGUGCAACCCCAGAGUGACUGCGAGACCGCAGUAGUACCCCAGAGUGACUGCGAGACUGCAGUACAACCCCAGAGUGACUGUGAGACCGCAGUAGACCCCAGUGUGACUGUGAGACUGCAGUACAACCCCAGAGUGACUAACUACUGUCCUCCAGUGAGACCAUCAGAACUACUGUCCUCCAGCUGGGACCAUCAGAACUACUGUCCUCCAGCUGGGACCAUCAGACUUACUGUCCUCCAGCUGAGACCAUCAGAACUACUGUCCUCCAGCUGGGACCAUCAGAACUACUGUCCUCCAGCUGUGACCAUCAGAACUACUGUCCUCCAGCUGGGACCAUCAGAACUACUGUCCUCCAGUGAGACCAUCAGAACUACUGUCCUCCAGCUGAGACCAGCAGAACUACUGUCCUCCAGCUGUGACCAUCAGAACUACUCUCCUCCAGCUGAGACCAUCAGAACUACUCUUCUCCAGCUGGGACCUGACCAGCUGAGACCAUCAGAACUACUCUUCUCCAGCUGGGACCAGACCAGCUGA